CGAAAAUGGUCAAAGAGGGAGAAGAUCAUCAGGGACCAUUAUACUAAUGCGAUGUAUGAAACGGGAAUCCACUCACUCAUAGUACUCAAAAAAUAGUUGCUUGGGCACGAACACGAUUCUUGUUCUUAUCUACGCAAGCACGAACACGGGUCUCAGUCAAAACACACGUACUUGUGACUCAUGGUUACUUAGAAUUCCUCAAGUGAUCAUGUGACAACAUAUAUUUUUUUCGAGGUAGUGUGUGCCUGCGAAGAUGGCCCUAACGACGUUUCUUGAUAUCGUCAGUUUUUGAGUCUACGAAGAUGAGUAAAGUUUUUCCCGUCAUACCAUCAACACGUUUAUUCCCGAUGUGACCGGACUCGACGUGGACCGGGAGCCAGCACAAGCGAUCAAUUACGAAGGGGAACUACUCUGAAGGAAUCAAUCUUAAAAAUCUAAAACUUCACAACCCAGAUCCUAUUUAGCAUCACGUCUCGGGAGGAAUUCAGAAUUAUUCUUUCAGGUGGUAACACCACCUUCUAGUAUUCGGAUAUAUUGGUCCUCCAAUAUAGCUCCGUGGGUUAUUCUAUCUAUAAUUCUUCUAGUUACAGUUCCCUAUUUGGCUACUUCUUCUUCUAGUUCCUUAUCUUUCUAGUCAGCGAGGUCCUUAUUUUCAUCGAGAGCGUCUAAGUCAAGGAUAUGAUCAAGGUUACCACUGACCACCGCGAGCGCGUCGACAGGGCAUGGGCGAAGUUCCGGGAGAAAAAGUCUUAAGAAAUGGAUUGUAAAUUUACUCCACGAGUUCGCCUCUUCCAAGAAGAAAACAAGAAGUUCACUUUCAACAAGAAAGUUUUGAAUCAUCAAGAAUGCCAAUGUUAGAACCUCGUCUAAAUUGGAAACUGGGAGAAAGAGCUGGAAAAGCAAGAAAACGGUGAGGCGGCUGCAGCUGCGCCAGGCGGUGGUGCCUCUUUUGUCGAUGUGCAUAAGCACAACUCGGGUUUUGUCGUCGUGUAACUGAGCAGAGAC